GGUAGAUCCUCCUGCUGAUUGCUAUGGAGUAUUUCAUGAUGCCCGCGCAGAAAGUACCAUCCUUGCAACACUUCAGGAAGACGGAGAAAGAAGUCAUUGGGGGGCUGUGCAGGUAGGUGCCCAUCUUGGGGUGCAAGAUUUCUCCCCCCUCUAUUUUUUUUUGCAUGCUGCAGUUCUCCUUAGAUCACCUUGCAGACUCAAGGUAGAGGGAGGGAGGAGGAUGAGAUCAGCUGUGAGUGUUUGGCGAGGGGGAGUGGGUUACCCAGGGGUACCCCUGUUUUCACAUGCAUGUUGAGGGGUAGUAGAGGGUCUGGGCUGUAGGUGGGUGCUGUUGGAAGUGAGCAGAGGGCUGAUUUAAAGGGCGCAGGGGAUGGUUUGUCAGUUACAAACAGACCCACGUGGUGCUCCGGCCAUGCUGCAGAGCUGUGAUCAUGGAGCAUGCAAACACUGGGGAGGGAGGGGAGAGGGAAAUCUGCCUACCCGGGGGUUGAAUACAGUACUAUCAACCCUUACUACCUCAUCAACUACCCCCCGGAGGGGAAGAGGAGGGGGUAAAAUCAACAGGGGCUGCUUUUAGUCUGCCUCCACUGGUAGCCCCCCUAACACACCUCCCAUGCGAUCAGCUGAUUUCACACCAUUUAAAUUGCAAUGGGGAUUUCAGCAGGCAGCUAGCACCUGAUGAGACCUGCUAAUUACCCCUCCUGCUGGCUAAUUAGUGUUUGGUGCAUUAGAAGGAAGGAGGUGUUGUAUUUACAAGGUCAUGUUGUGCCUUUUUUAUUUAUAUUUAUAUUUUUGUAUGGCUUCUAUUCUAAGCUGGGGAUACCUGCAUUGCCCAUUGCAGGGGGCAGCCUGGCUUAUUAAUCAAGGUUCAUUAGAAACAUGCAUUGCAUUACUGGGGGUCCCAUAUACCUUCUACAUGCAUGCAAGGUCAUGAUUAGGAUGCAGUACCCCUGGGAUCACGUGGGGGUGCAUGCCUAGGGUUCCCCUGCAUUAUACCUUGCAGGGGCUGCAUGGGUCCACUGGGGGCACGCAUUGCAUUAAUAGGGGCUGCUGCACCCCCUCCAACUGCAUGCAAGGUUAUUUUUAUUGUGCAGUACCCCUGGGAUAUAAUAUGGGGGGCAUGCCAGGGACCCCAACAAUACCUGUAGUCCUGCAUUAAUGGACACAUGGACUGGAGUACAAGGUCAAGGGACAGUGUUGGGGUGUGUAACAUGGGGGACCCCCUGCUCCCACGUUGCAGACAGUGUAGCUGUAACACUCCCCCCACCUGUGUUUGUUGUUAUCCCCCAGAAGGGGGCAAUACCCCGGGGGGCCAGCAGGGGGCGGGAGCCUAGAGGGGAGGCUGGUGACUGAGAGCCGUAGCCGGGCUCCCUGAAGCCCCCCUCGGUGACCUUGCUGCCUGUCUCUCGGUAGCUGUGGGUGUGAGAGCCACAGCAUCGCAGACAGGCCUGGCCGUGACUCUGCAGCCCGCCUGGAGUAGGAGUGUCGGAGCCCAAGGCGUGUCGGGAGAUGUAGUGCGGCGGCGCAGGGGACGCCGGGAGAUGUAGUCAGCACCUGGCCAUGCUUUCCCCUAGCACAAAGCAUGGCAUAGCAGCAGGUCAUGUGACCUGAGCAUGCAGCUUGGUUCCAUAGAAAGAUUAUAGUGUGUGUCUUGGGGUAGACAUGGCCUCUUUAUUUUGGGGCUAGUUAUGUUUUAUUAAUAUAGGAAAGUCUAAUUUAGAGAAGGCAGUGGUGGUUACAUUCAUAGACUGUACUAGGGGCAUGUAGUGUAAAUAUAUAAUACUGGCAUGAUUUUACACAUAAUAUCCUUUAAUUAAUUGCUUUUGGCGUUCCUGUAUUUAUAUGGUUUAGGAUGCAUUGAUCUGUUUUUCUGUGUAUUGCCUCAGUGCAGCCCUGCGUUAUGUUUGAUUUGGGGUCUUCGCACACUGUGUCCGUAGUGGCUGAAAGGAUAUUACUUUUUGCGACACCAGUUAUUUAUUUUUUAUUUUAUUUUUUUUCACAUACGAAGACUGCCCUUGAAAAUGUGAGGUGUCUAGAUAUCGGAAUAAUGUUUCAGAUUAAAUAAUGUUUAGAAACCACUUGGUGGUAAAGGAGUAUUACAGAAUCUCAAAAUGUAGCAGGAACAUCUCGAGGCAUAAAACUGGGCCGUAUGAGAAAAGAAGAAGAAAUAAAAAACAACCCAGAGAUAAUUGGGCCCAGUGAAUAUACAAUUAGCUGGCUGUUUUGUGGGAGGAGGAGAAUUGCAUAUUUGAAAUCAUAAACACAAAAUGAGAUCUAUAGUGGUCAUUUGCGUGAAACAUAAGCAAAACUUCCACUGGGUAUUAAAAGAAAUUUUAAAAAUAAACAAAUCCGCUACUUGGUAUAGACUGAGAGACUAGAGCAAGCUAAGUAACUGGACCUCCCGAGUAGGCACUUGGCCAAUUCCUUUCCAAGAGGCCUAAACUUGAUGUAGAUAUAUAAUAUUGAUAUUAAAAAGGGAAACACAACUGUGGGGCCAUGCUGUGUAUUCAGGGUAAGCCAGGAGCCCAUCCCCAGGCAGUAAAACAUACAUGAACACUGUGCAGAUCAGUCCUGUAACGCCAGCUAACCGGAGCCGUUCCUCUAGGAGCCUAAGAGCAAGGCAGGAGUAGAGCCAUGUUGCAUCGCUUUGUGUGAAUGUCUCCAUCUACCUCGGUGGAUGUGGGAAUGAUGGCUGUGUGUGGCGUUGCUUCCCUUGGUAGCCCAUUGUUAGAAGAGGACAGCUUCAUCCCAAGCCCAUACGUUAAACGUGCCUAAGGUAUCUUAGAUGGUGAGUAUCGUAUCCUUCCUCCCAGUUGCCAUAUCAGAGCCCUGUCCCAGACUUGAUUGGGGUGGCGUCUGAACAUUGACACUUCUGCGAAGCUGCAAUUUCUCCCAGAAGGCAGCACAAAAGCAUUCAAUCAAGGAGUGCCCCUUUUGAAGCUGUGCAGGCCUUGGGUAAGCUAUGAAGCCUGCGGACUUGUGCCCAGUCGCCACUUAACGUGUGUGUAUAAGGUGCACACUCGAGUACUUUACUCCCCGUCAAGGAUUGGUAGCCGUAAAUGCCAGGAUAACCCUCACUGUCGAGGAGGGAGAAACUAAGUAUUCAUCUGACUCUUCUAAAAUCUGAGAAUGGGAGGACAGAGGGAUCUGUGGCCUCCCUAACGCCCGUUUUGUCUAGUGGGCCAUAGGGCUGCCUUGUCAUGUGAUGAAUGCUGUUAAAAAGGCUAAAAUUCAGCAGGUCUCCCUUGGAUCUCAAGCAAUGUGUGACCCCCCCAACUUUUUUUUUUGUUUUGUUUUUUUUCAGUGGAAUACCCUAAUUAGAAAUUCUAAAAUAUAAAUUAGCCCCAUAUUAGAGCUAGUUGGUAAAUCUGAAUUUAAAAAAACGUAAUUGUGUAAUGUGACGGUUUUGGAAAAUUCUCCAGUUGUGCUAUUCUAGAUUCAAUUUUUCCAAAAAUUUGCGCUUAGUGAGUAAUUCUGCGUGAGCAGUAAUUUUGCUAAUUAAUGGCAAAAAAUAAAAUCUGCAGAACAAGUGAACUGUGAAAUAAACAACAAUGUUGGAAAGAAUAAAAAAUAACAUUCUACGAUAGGCAAGUGUGAUCUCGAGUGAAGAAGAAAAAAAACUGAAUCAGCUACCAUAUAUCAAAAAGUAAAAUAAUUUUACUUCAUCACAGCAGUGGGUAUAGUAGAGAAUGAAAAACCCACAAACUGUUACAAAAAUCAAAAAGAUCUUUCACACGUGAAUGUUUUGAGGUGGACCACAAAUUUACUAUGAGACUGUGCAGGAGACUCCUAGUCUGCGAAAAGUAGGACCAACUUACUAAUAGUUGACCCCUUCCCUCCCAAUAACGUGUGCGCAAAUGUAGCAGAGGUAUGCAUGUAUAACCCAACUCUAUCUAUACACAUUGCUCACUAACUUACAAAUAAGAUACCUGAUGUACUUUUUGUUUGAGGCUUUUUACCUUGUUAAGCAAGGAUCAAUUAACGUAGUGUGGUUUUGUCAUUAAGUAAAUAUAUAUAAUGCUCUGGAUUAUGGUAUCACAAGGUUCUGAUCUUUCUAUGACUGGUUGUGUUGACAUAUCUAGCCCCCUGUAGAAGCAAUGAUUAGAACAUUGGAAAGUGCUUGAAAGACAUUUCUUUAAAGAGAACUGUCACUUUUCUGAAGGUGACAAUUACUCAUUCGUUCAAUUCUUACUAAAGUGAUAACGGAGUUAUGUAGAGCAGCAGAAAUUGGUAAGUGAUGCUGUGAGUGCAUUCGUGGUGGUUGGGAAUCCAGAGUUACUCCAUACGAGCGUAGAAGGAUUGGGGUCCUACCCAAGUUACCAGUUUGGGGCUCUCCUUUUAUUCUUUACAUGGAUGGUUAAUUGGGCCCUUGGUAGCUGCAAAUGGUCACCUUAUAGGUAACAUUUCUCUGAUGUCUAUCCUUACCCCCUCAGUCCUUUUUAUGCAUAUCCUCCCCUCAGGACAUUACAAAUUCAAUUAUACAAACGGUUCAGAUGUGACCGCUCUGAUUUUAUUUUAGUUUUUUAAUAAAAUCCCUUUAGGGGAACUCCCCUGCUACAAAUAAAUCAUUUAAAUGUAGCUGGACAGGGCAAUUUAUUAUAGCAAUAAAUGCAAGUAGUAAUUGUUUUAUUUGUCUGUCUCUGAUCUUGAAAGAGUAAAAUUCUACAUUCAAGUUGUAAAGUUAAAAUUUUGGGCCAUAUUUGAAGAAAACCUCCCCUGUGAGUUGUUUUCAUUUGGCCCAUAAAUUUGGAAUUCAGUGGGCGUUGAUGACCGAUCACACACUGGAUAUUAUUAGUAUUUAUACAGCACCAGCAUAUUCCGUAGCACUUUACAAUAUUAUUAUUUAACAGUAAAUGAGACAAUUACAAAAACUUACAGGAACAAUAGGAUGAAAAAAGCUAGAGGAAUAUCGGUGCUUUUAAAGAAGUGUGCAACAAGAUUUGAAGAGAUGGUUUUGAUUCCGUGCAACAGUCAGCGUCCACACUAAAGGUAGGUCCUGGAAAGACCACAGGACUGAAAUACGGAAGGGCUUGAAGUGGCCGUCUGAGUAAUAGCACCUAGAGGUGCUAACAGGGAACAAUGUAAACACUAUCUUGUCCCUGAAAAGGCAGCGUUUACAUUGUAAAGCCUGUAGGCACCAUAACAACUACAUUAAGCUGAAUUGGUUCUGGUGACUAGUGUUCCUUUAAAGUAGCGCUGUUCCUUUUGGGGCCUUUGUGUUUUGUUUUUUUGUGCGCAAAGACUAUACAAGGAGGCAUGGGAGGAGGAGAAAGGGAAAUACACUUACCUCAAAGAGACACUCCAGUCCCUUAAAUCACCUUAACUAGCUGUAGUGCUUUAUGUAUAAAGAGUUUGUCCUUGUGACGCUCCUUAAGGAGCCACAGGCUUCUAUCGCAUAUUGCUUAAGUUUAUGACUUUUGUUUCCGUCAGCCAUCUGUCUCUUGUCAAAGGUUGGCUGGCAAGUGCACAUCUGGCCGUAACCAAUCAGAAGAGUGUCUGAAAUGAAUACUAUAAACUUACAAACGUUUAUGGACAUUCCUGUUUGACUAAUCUUGACCGUGUGGGAAUGUGUGUAGGGGAAGGGACAUCAGCAGCUGGAAAGCAGAGAUUUUUUUAUUUAUUUUUCUGGCCUCCACAAAAUUAUUUUUAUUUUUAUCCUAUGAUUUUGAAAAAUAACUUAAAUAUUUUUUUUCUAUUGGUGAUUAACAGGGCACUUAUUUUAUACAACAUUUGAAUGUGUAUUUCAGAUGCUCAAAAAUAAUAAUAAACUAAGGAAAAUACAAACAAAAUGGUCUAAAUAAACUUAAUCCUAUCAGGAUUGGGUCCACAAUCUGUUUAGUGAUUAAACCCCCCUUUUUACUGUAUUCUAUCCCCUUAAGGACACAACGUCUGGAAUAAAGGGGAGUCAUGAUGGAAUAUUUCCGUCAUGUGUCCUUAAGGGGUUUAAAAAACAAAAUAAAGGUAAACAACAUCACGUUUGUUAAAGUUUCUGAAAGAACCCCCCCAAAAAAAGUUACUGUAGCUUUUUAAAAUCCUCACUUGCCUAGGCUGGGUCUCUGUUGAGGGGACAAUCUGAGUGUUUAAUGGACCCUCCACCCCAAUAGUUGUCGAAUACCUGCAUGCAUUCUAUCCAUGACCGUGUGUUCUCUGAUUGCUCUGUAAGAGGUGAGCCGCAAGCAGGUGACCAGGUGUUUCAAAGGAAAUCCCCGGGACUUUUGAUUUUUAUGAUGCUUAGAGGAGUGUAAAAUCGGUACGGAUCAUUCAGAUUUUAUAAUAAAGAAUGCUAAGAAAGAUUUAAAAGUCAUUGUCUGGUUUGGUUUCUUUUUUGCUAUUUUGUGCCCAUCACCCACAGUGUGCAAGCAGGAAGAACUCUGAACGUUUAUUGAUUUGUUAAAAACCAUAACUCUUUCCUAGGCAGUAACAGUUUUUUAAAAUACGCUGAUCAUGUUUGUUCGGACCGUUUUUGUCUGCAAUGGCAGAGACUUGUUUGUAAAUCAAAGUUAUUUGUUUUAUUUAAAGGAACUCUCUAAGCACCAUAACCACUCAGGAGUGCCCCGGCACAUACUCCCCUGUCCCCCAUUGUCUCUGUAAGUACUUAUUUGCUGGGGGUUACUCACCCACCUACGCUGCUGCAUAAUGAGACUGAGGCUUGUUCUCAGGAUCGUCUGUUGUCUAAGUCCUGCUGCCAACAUGCUUGAAGGGACCUUUCCCUGAGCAGUAGUGGUGGUGGGGGAAUGGUACUUGUGAGAAACCAGGUAACCUUACGCUUUGGGGGGGGGUAUCAGAGCAGUCCUGGCACUAACCACUACAUGUGCGUCAGUGGUUAAGGUUCUUGACGUGUGCCUUUAAGAAAAAGAAUGUGGCUUCCUCAAAAUGCCACCAGAGUGUAAGAAAGUAUAAUUUCUGUAUUGCAAUUUGGGAGACUAGGUGUUCCAAAACUUCUAACGAUACUUCUUGUUUAAUGUGUUUGUCAAAGAACCAUAACCACUUCAAUGAUUUCAAGAAGUCAUGGUACCUGGAGUAUAUGAAGUGUUUCAAUAUGUAACACCUCACGUACAAAGUUUACCCUUCUGCUGUAGGUUUCUCUACACCUCUGGCUGCGCCAUUAAUUGGCAUGGAAUGCGUGCCCCCUCCUGUGCUGUCUAUGUCCCCACCUCUGCCAUCCUUGCUCUGGUGAAACAAGCUAUGGAGGAUUGGGUUGCAGAAAAAAGUUAACAGUGCUAUUUCGAGGUGAUUUUAAAAAAAUAAAAAUAUUUUUUUUGAGGGGGCAACACAGCAAGGGUUACUCUAACCAAAACAGUGUUUUUUAGUGAGAAUAACCCUUUGAGUCUGUAGAGAAUCCUACGUAAGGUGUCUGUUUUCUUGUUCUGCUGCCCUUAAAUGAGCCCAUUAAGAGUUACUGUACAGGCAAGUGGAAACUGAGCGUUUUUAGUGUGAAAUACAGGGUUUAUGAAAAUCCCAAUCCGAAACACUCAUCGGGUAUGUUCGCUGGAACGUAUAUCAAACCAAAAGUUAAUUCCCCUGUAAGCAGUGCAGUAUAUCCUGGAGCUAAAAUAAAAUGUGUGGGAUAAUGAUUUGCCCCUGGGGGCAGGAGCAGACAAUAUUUGGCAUCAACUUCUCUCCACCGACGCAGCUUAUUGGGUUCAGUGCGAAUAUUUCUCUGUAGCUGGGCUAUCUCACUAUAUAUGAGAGAUCAGAAUUUACGCUAUGCUAAUAACUGCACCACUUCUUUUACACAGGGUUGGAGUUACACGUGUGUUCUGCUUUGAUUCCUAUAUUUAUAUUCUGAUUAUAUUUUUGCUUUUUAAGUGGCGCCAACUUAUUCUGCAGCGCUUAUAUUAAAUCUAUAUUAAAAGACCCCAAAUUAUUGGUGAGAUCGUAUCCCCUUUUACAAGAUACAAGUAAAGCUAGAUUAAAGUGACACUUGCAGAUAGUGUUAUAAAAAUAAUCAUAUAUGGAUUACACAAAGAAUUUUGUUCUUGGCCCAAAAAGUGCGGAAUACAUUAAAAAAAUAAAAAGGUCAAUCCCUCCCACCCUACCACAACAUAGUAGAAUGAUUGGUAAUUUAUUUAUUUAUUUUUUUGGGGGGGGGGGGGCACACAAUAAUUUGGUCAGAAGAGCUCACACUUCAUUCUCUAAUUCAUACACAUCCUUCUUAUCUGUACUGAAUGGGUUCAAUAUACAUGGCCUAGUAAUGAUGGUAGGAAGGAAGUUCAAUCAGUGAAACGUUGCAAGUGAUUUAAAUCUAUUUGAUAUAAUUUUAACAUUUACAAGGUCCCUUUAAGUCUUCUCUGUAGGCUUCAGCCCUACCCCAAUAAGUGUUGGCACAUGCAGAUAUUAGGCGUUUUAUUUUUUUGCGGGGACCUGGAGGUUGUCUUCUCAAUUUGAAUUUGGCAGCUCUUUGUUGACUUAUCAGUAAAACAUCCCGCUGAGUUUAUUUUCAGAGGUCCCUGAGACUUACUGCCUGGUUCACUUAAGCAAAUAUACAGAUUGUGACAAUCCUCUCCUGACCCUCUGCUUAUAAUCUGGGUUUGGUGAAUAGCAAGUGUGCACAGUACCGAACGCAUGAACUAACGUGUGCGUGAGUCAAUUCCUGGUGUGGGUUUUAAAAGAUGUCCAGAUUGUUACUUUGAAAGAGGUACAUUAACCUCUUCACUGCCACUUCAUUGACAUAAGGAUAUUACAAGUAACGGAUCCCUGUAUUCUAUAUUUUGACUUUUAACUCGUAGGGUUAAUUCUGGAAUGCUACAUAUUUUGAACAUUCAGGUGUCCCAUUGCCCUGCUCUGUCCUCUAGUUAAUCACGUCCUGUGACUAAUCCGAACUAUCAUGAGGGGAAAAUAUCUGGUGGGGGCAGGAAGCAGGAGUUCCCCCUCAGACCCCUGUGGGGGUCAGCUGCCUUCCUUCUCCCCCUGUAUUGUCAUCUGGAAGUGAUUACUGGGCCCUCAAGGCAAGGGGGGUGUGGGGGGGGGUUAGAUCCGGCUUCCAACCCUUCCGAAAAGAGGCCACACACGGAGGUGCGUGAAUGGGUCACUCUGUGUGCUGGCCAAAAAGUGAGCUACGCCCUUUGUAACCCCUCCUGCCAUGUAUAGGCCAAAAAACAGACAUUCAGUUCUUUCUAAACUUCCAAAAUCUUCCAUUUUUAUGGGUUAAUGAUGCUUUUUAAAUUGCUCGAAAUAUGCAGUUUUUAAAGACCUUUUAAGAUGGUGGGAUAGGGGAUAGCCAACAGGUAGCUCUUGGCUUUUGUAAAACUUCCUUUUUAAGCUUGCAAAGUAUCAUGGGGUUUGUAGUUCUGCAACAGCUGGAUAACAACCUAUUGGCUACCCCUCCUUACAGGCAAUCUGUUGACAGAAAAUCCCAUUUUCGUAAGUGGGAGGGUGAACGGGGCGAGAGGAGUUGCUCAUCCUGGAGAACAAAAGUUUAAAAGAGCACUAUAUACUGGAGACUAGACGUGACACUUAUUGUGACUGAGUAUCUGUGUUUUAUGGUGUCUUUUUCCCUAUAUAGGAAGUGGCUUUUAUCUGUUCUAAAACCAACAUAAUCCCCUGUUCAUUGAUGCUGCCCUGUCUGUGAUUUAGACUUUUUCAGCCAGAAAACAAGACUAACUGGUGACGCAUAACUGCACAGUAAAGCAACACUCUCCAUUGUGAUUUACAGACUUGUUACCAGCAAGUUAAUGCCAAGGUUGUGCGUGAUCUGCGUCAAAAUUCAGCCCAAAGGAGUUAGUAAUUGUACAGCGCUGCGGAAUAUGUUAGCGCUAGAUAAAUACGAAAUUGAAAUAAUAAAGGACUAUGAGUUAACAGCUGCAGAAGUGACUCUCUUUAUAUCAGAGAUGUCCUUUUUUUUUUUUCAUUAUGUUGGAGUCAAACGAUACAGAAUUUCUUUGAAUUACUCAUUUUUUAUUUAUUUAACGUAACAUUCCCUUAUUUAAUGACCAUGAAUUAUUUGGUAUUGUUAAUCUCUCACUAUUUGGGGUGCUGUCGAAGCACUUAAUUGGCACAGUUUGAUCCUCAAGGGAAUUAUCUGUUGGCUGAUUAUUAAGCUCAAGUCCCCAUCUCCAGGGAGCUGUAGUGUUUAUAGUGCCUAGAGUGCCCCUUUAAGUUUGUGUGUUUAGGGGGGUUUGAAUAUUUCUUUAGCCCAUGUUUGUAAAAGUCCAUUCCGUGUCUAAAUGUGCGAUUUAUGUCCCCCAGCUUGGCCAACAUCCCACUCACGCCGGAGACGCAGCGAGAUCAGGAGCGGAGGAUCCGGCGCGAAAUCGCCAACAGCAAUGAACGACGCCGAAUGCAGAGUAUUAAUGCCGGCUUCCAGUCUCUGAAAACCCUUAUACCUCAUACCGAUGGGGAAAAAUUAAGCAAGGUGAGCGGAAAUCACAUUUAAAAAAAAUAUAUAUAUAAUAAUAAUAAACUUUAUAAAGUGAUUUUAAAAAAAGAUACAAAAUACAGCACGUGGCCUAGUUUAAAAGAUCUAAUUAUACAUUUACUCGUAUUUUCCAGUGUGUAUCUGAGCUUCUUCCUGAUUGGCUGCUAAUUUGUAUCUUGUUUUAAUAAAUGCUGCUUUGAGUAGGGAGCAAUAAUCUAGUUGUAAAUAAUAAAUGCCCCGAGCAGAACAGGUUCCUUGGCAAGUGGAUGGAAUGUAAAGUACAAAAAAUCUUUUGAAACCUUCUGCCUGGUUUUAAAACAUCAUGUUAAAAUAAUAAUUAGAUCACUUUAAUGUUCUAUUAGUAAUUGUAAUAUGUGUUUUAUUGAAUAGUAGGAUGACUUUACAGUGACUGUGCCAAAUGUUAGAAGCCAGUCAGAAUUGAGAACACACACUUUAAUAGCCUCAAUUUAAUAUUGGCUAAAUGGUUUUAAAAUUUAGAAAUUUUUUUUUUUUUUUUUUUUUUUUAAUAUCUUUAUAAAUAAAUAUAUGUCAAACAUAUUGAAAACUUUAAAUAUCUUUCAUAAUUUUUCUUUUUUAAGUUUAUCCAAGAACAUAGAAUCAUUUGAAAAGCUUAAUCUUCCCCCUACCCCCCCAAAAGAAAAUGUAAUCGAGGCCUUAAUUAGCUAUAGUCUCUAACUAUAACUGCACUCAGUCAUAUUCUUUCUGCCAGUCUCGCGCACAUCAAACUUGCUGGACUCUAUUUGCACGCACUCACUAUUUAGCCAUUAAAGGACCACUCUAGGCACCCAGACCACUUCAGCUUAAUGAAGUGGUCUGGGUGCCAGGUCCAGCUAGGGUUAACCCAUUUUUUUUUUUUUUUUUUUAUAAACAUAGCAGUUUCAGAGAAACUGCUAUGUUUAUCAAUGGGUUAAGCCUUCCCCCAAAUCCUCUAGUGGCUGUCUCAUUGACAGCCGCUAGAGGCGCUUGCGUGCUUCUCACUGUGAUUUUUCACAGUGAGAGCACACCAGCGUCCAUAGGAAAGCAUUGAUAAUGCUUUCCUAUGCGACCGACUGAAUGCGCACGCAGCUCUUGACGCGCGUGCACAUUCAGCCGACGGGGCGGAUCUGAGGAGGAGAGCUCCCCGCCCAGCGCUGGAAAAAGGUAAGUUUUUACCCCUUUCCAGAGCCGGGCGGGAGGGGCCCUGAGGGUGGGGGCACCCUCGGGGCACUAUAGUGCCAGGAAAACGAGUAUGUUUCCCUGGCACUAUAGUGGUCCUUUAACGCACAUUUAGGAAGAUGUCUAUAAAACGGAUUCUUUGACAAAGUUCUAAAUGUUGAAACAUCCCUAUAGAAACCCAUGGAUCGAUCAUUCCUGUAAAUUGUUCCAGCGUCUAGAAAUGUGAUCUAGAGUUAUACUUAACAAGCAAUUACUACUGGUGGAAUGUACAACCUUGAAUGUCCCUGUCUCAAAAAGAAGAAAAUAUAAUUUUUUUUUUUUUUUUUUUUAAAUUCAUUUUUUUAAUUUAUUUUAUUUCCUCUUGGCAUUGUUGUUGUUUGUACCACUGUUUUAAUUCCCUUUUGAUGUGACUGUAGUUUUAUUGUUUGGCCCCGUAAUUUUUCCCAUCGGCACAUGAAAUCAAAAUAUCUUAUUCUGUUUAUUUUAUGGAGGACCUUGUUAUUUUUAACUUUUUCCUCCAGUAUUUUAGAGAAUCGUGCGAUGAAUGUAGAGGAUUUAUUUAUUUAUUUUCAUUAUCUUGGCUGCUGGGACAGGCUUGGUCAAGGUCUGAGAAUCUUUGAAACCUUAUUUUUGCAGUUUUGACUUCGCUACAAAUGUUCUCCGAUAUUCUUUACACUGAGAUCUAUUGAAUAAUAACCAGAGGAUUUCCCUUUUUUUUUUAUUUUUUUUUUUUUAUUAUUAUUAUUAAUAAUAAUAUUUUAAAUUUUAGGCCAUGAUAGUUGAACUAAAAUUAAAUAAAUAAUAUCCAUCUUGGCUAUUUUGGCCUAAAUUAUUAACUUCCCUGCUCUCUUCUCAGCUCUUCAUGGUUUAGUGAAAGAAAAUGAAAUUACAUUUAUUGUUGAUUUGACUUUAAAAGCAGACCAAUCAUCUAAUUUCCCCUCCUCUCCACCAAUCAAAACUAUAAUAGCCUCUGCUAAAUGACUAUUACUACAAUAAAGGAUGGAUUUAUUUUUAUUGUAGUGGCCUUUGUUGGCAGCCUUAUUCAUUUUGCUUUUAUCCUCUUAUAGGCAGCAAUCUUACAGCAAACCGCGGAGUAUAUAUUCUCUUUGGAGCAGGAGAAGACUCGGUUACUGCAGCAGAACACUCAGCUUAAGAGGUUCAUCCAGGUAAGUGCUGCCGGAGGUUUGACCUGUGGCUUGCUGGCAGUCAAGGGGUUGAUAUUACAGCUGCGGUUGAAUUAACGUUCCGGCGGUCCUGCAGGUGUUUAUGGUAUGCUCUCUGUCUUUCUGGUAGGAAUUCAACGGCUCAUCCCCCAAACGGCGGAGAGCGGAGGAUAAAGAUGAGGGUAUCGGCUCGCCGGAUAUCUGGGAGGAGGAAAAGGCAGAUGAUCUGCGGAGGGAAAUGAUUGAGCUCAGGCAGCAGCUCGACAAAGAACGGUCUGUGAGGAUGAUGCUGGAGGAACAGGUGCGUAAACUCAAAAUUAUACAGCAAACCGUGGUAAAAAGUGUACAAAAAAUUCACAUACAGUGACAAAAAAAAUGAAAGCAAUAAUAGUGGAAAAUAAGGCUUGAGAAUUAAUUGUGUGUGUGUGUGUGUGUGUGUGUGUGGCCGGUGCAAUUAAAAUCUAAGGCUAUUCUCUCCUUCCCUACAUUUUUAUAACCCUCUGCUGAUCUGCAUCCCGAGAAUCCGUAUAAUUCCUAUUGAGAGGUCCAAUAUCCCACCUUGACAGAUACCCUAUGUGCUGCGCAUAGAGCUGAGCCAGAAGGUUGGGGAAAUGUGUGCCAUAGGUUUAGCUCAUGCGUAGCCGCUUCCUAUUGGUUGAUCUGACUUCAUGCUGCUGAUUGGCUGACAGGUGCGGGCCCUGGAGGCGCACAUGUACCCUGAGAAGCUAAAGGCGAUUGCUCAGCAAAUCCAACAAGAGGAAGAGGGGGGGCAGACACAGGGGGAGCAGCACAAGGCACUGGAGAGGAGCGAGCAGCACUUCCACUCCCAGGUGAGUGCCGAAACGCUACCCUCAUCAGACUGGCUGCUCCUCCCCUCCUGCCUCCUAGUGUGCACUUACCACUAGAUACCAACCUGCUGCUUCUCAUAAUCAUUGUCUUCUUUGCCCAUCCUUCACUCCCUACAUCAGAUCUGCAUGCCAUCUCCCUUCUGUUAGAUCUGCUUUUGCACCUUGUGAUCAGUAGCCAUUUUUAUAUUCAAUAUAUCGGUUUUAUUUAGGAUUUCUAUUUUGAUAUAACUUCUUCCUGCCUGUUCAUUUUUUAAUAUAUUUAUUUUUUUUUGUAAUCUUUUUGGUUUACAUUCAUUUAGUUUUGCAGUCAUGCAUUAACAUAAUUUUUGUUCCUUUUUUUUGUUUUUUUUUAAUAUAAUUUUUUAUUUUUGUUUUUAUUUUAUUUUUCUCCUGCCCUUGCAGCUCCUGCAACCACAUCUGCCCCUGGCGCCCACUCACCAUCCCACUGUCAUCGUACCCGCCCCACCUCCCCCCUCUCAUCACGUCAACGUUGUGACUUUGGGGCAUUCAUCAGUAAUCAGCUCAGUGUCCACGUCCCGGCAGAAUCUGGACACCAUUGUGCAGGUCAGUAGCACAGAGUGAGCGGAAUAUAAUCGCCAUGCUAAUAUUUAAUUCAAUUUAGUUUGUAUGGUUGAGGAAGGACUGGGGGAAAAAAAUACACCAAAGGAUAACUGCAUUUUUAAAAAUAAACUUCUUUUUGUAAUUGGGCAGAAUUGUUUGGGUUAUGGAAGAAUCCUUCUUUUUUUUUUUUUUUUCUUUUUUUUUUCUUAUCUUCCCUCCCUGCUAGUAUUUGGUUGCUUGUAGCAUAACGAUUUUCUUAUCCCUCAAAAAAAAAUAAAAAAAUUAUUUAUAUAGAGGACUAUGCAAGAAUUACAAUUGUGUUGUAGACUUGUUAAAGACCAUAGUCCACUGGGGCUUUCUGCAUUUUCCAAUGGCAAUAGCUCCUAGAUCAUUUGUCCCACUCUGAUUUUAUGUAUCCGAGAUGGCCAAAGUGGAGCAUCUUUUGCUGCUUCAUAACGAAGCUUUGCAUAGCAUUGUGGGGGAUGAAUUUCUGCAAGAUAUUGGGACUUCCUGCCAUGACCCGCCUCCCCCCUCCCUUCAGACCCACUGUGUCUUGAUAGAGAGCACAGACAAACCAUUUAGCUGUCUUACAGAACAUUGAUGGUCAGACAUGGAGUUUUAGUGGUUUCUGAUUUAAAGGAACACUAUAGUAUUAGAAAAGAAUGUUUAGGUGGCCAGCCCCCCUCUCAGUGGUAAUAAAUGGUGGCUGGCCCAGUCUCCAUGGCUGGGAUCACCAAUCUUGAUCAUCUCUAUUAGUCCAAUACUUUCCCAUAGGAAGACAUUGGGAGGCUAUCGUGCGUGCGCGUCAAAAUGCCAUGCUGCUCCAAUCAGCAUCUACUCGUAGAGAUGCAUUGAAUGAAUUAAUCUUCAUGGGGAGCGCUCAGCGUCUGUAGUGCCAAAAUAACUGUCAUUCACAGUUAGCACUCUUCCAGAACAUGUCGAUCCAGCUAGCCAAACUGGUAGAUGACCAUUUAUUUUUCCUCUGAACGUUUGUAGCGCAUACUGCUGAUUCCAUCUGUAUAGAUAUAAUCUACGUGUAUGCCGGUUGCUGCAUGUGCUUUUGUGAGCCCCCACAAUGCCCAGCGAGCUCCAGUCAGGCAUUGUAGCAGCUCACCGGAGUUCUAAUCUGUGCACUUGUGGUUUUGUUCACCAAAUCUUGAGUUGUGGUGACGUGAAAACUACAUUUCAAAAUCUGACUAGAAAUGUUGAUGGCAUAACUUUUUUUUUUUUUUUUUUAAUAUAUAUUUUAUUUUUCUUUCCCCUCUGCCACAGGCCAUACAGCAUAUUGAAGGCACACGAGAGAAACAGCUGCAGGAAGAGGAGCAGCGGAGGGCGGUUAUUGUAAACGCUCCACGUCCUUGUGGUGAUUCUGACACCGCGUCAGAUACAGAAUGCGAUGAAAGCGAUGGGGAACAAAGCAAGGAUGACAUGAUGGGCGACCACUGACAUCCACUGCCUUACCCCAAAAAGGGAGCGCAACCAAGAGACUGUGGGGAUUGUAGGGGAAGAGGCGGCGAGGUUACGUGAGGUGAUUAUCAUGGGCUUGCUUCCCGUCUUCCAGCCUUCUUCCCAAAUCAGUAGUGUGUUGAUUGGGGCAGUUCCAAUUCUAACCUCUAAGAUACUGUAAUACAUUGCGGAAGAAUGGGUUAAAGCACUAAGGGAUUGACCUGGUCUAAGUAAAAAACGCAAGGAAUUCUGGGAGGAGUGACUGUGGAGGAGGUGCUCAUAAAUAGAUCUCUAAAGGGUUAAAGCAGCAGUCCCUCCUUUUUUUGUUUGUGGGGAUAAAGUAAAGAGACCCUUUUUCCAUAAGGUAGAGUUUGAAAGUUAGUCUGCACUUGUCUUAACGUUUUUGUUUUUUGAAUAUUCAAAAUGUUUGCUCUAGUAGAGAUUAUAAAGAAACCACACAAUUUAUACACACUUUAUAUUUCUAUAUUUUUAUAGAUCAAGUGUGCGCGCGUGUGUGAGAAUUUCAUAUAAAAUGUGUUCUGGCCACAUCAUAGUCUGUCUAUGCACCAUAACCACUACUCCACUCUGUAGUGGUUGUGGUGACCCUUUUAUUUGGCUUAUUCUUGUUAUGUCUGAUAUUGGCCCAAAGACAGCUGGUCAUGGCUUAAAAAAAAAAAAAAAAAGACUUUAAACCAAAGAUUAAUCACAAAUUGGUAUCUUCUAUUUUUAUUUUUUUUAUUGGCAACAGAAUUCGACUUGCAAUGUAUUGUGAUGCAUUUGGAUUAAGGCAUUGAAGGGAAUAGUAUUUUUCCCCUUUUUUAAAAAAAACAAAAAACAAAAUAAUUAACCCUCCCUUUAGCAGAAGAAUUCCAGGGUUUUGUUUUUGUUUUUUUGUCUUUGCAUUGGCCAAUGGCCCACCAUUAUUAAAAUCAGCUGUGUUUUUUGCUAAAGAUUGGGCAUAAUUUUAAGCCACUCCUUAAAUACCGUUUUAGAAGUUCAUGAGUGUAUAAAUUAUAUUGUUUGGUACUCUCAUUUAGGAAGCUAGUGUGUAGAAAUCAGACUGCAUUGUCCUGUCCUGUGACUUGUAAGAUGACCGCUUUUUGGUAAUCUUGCUUCACUCUCCAACUUUUCAAGUUUUGGGUCUUUAGACGAAGUAUAGACUUGUGGUUCCCAACCAACAGGAGAGCAGAAUUCUGUCUUAGUAAACUUUAAAGCGGCUCGGUCACCUUCUAGGGUCUCUGCAUGAUUUGCUAAGACCCCUGACAGGGACUUGCCAUUGGGUGUCUGGUUGCCUUGUGGUGCAAGGGAAGGUGAGUUGUACUUGCCUGUGCCUUGCUGCCACCACCAUACUCUUCCUUCCAGUCUUCUCCAGCUGCCAGGAACCCACAUCAGCAUUGGACCCUUGCGAAUUCACAAGACUACAACACCGAGGUCUAUCCCUGCGGGAUCCUCCAUAGGCAGAAGAUUUGACAAAAUGUAGUUGUCUUAUUUUUCCUACACUGGACAAGAGGGCAAGGUAGUCCCUAUUCUUUGACUAGGUUGGCAUUUCGGUGAAAUUCCAAUACCGUCAAUAGGAGUAUUUCAGUAAGAUGCUAUCUUUAAUAAAAUACUCAUUUUUGAGUGGGGGAGAGGGUGACCGUGUCGCUUCAAGGAUUGGAUUGUAAACCACUGGUAUACACUUAGCGAGAGGAUUUCUGUUGCUGCUUAGUCCCAACCAGAGCUUAAAAUUAAUUUUAUUUCCAAAGCUACUAACAAGUCCUUAACUUGCUCGGCACUGCUAGCCUAACUAAGACCAGGGGUGAAUUUUCACUCUGCAAUGGAUGGUGGUGAGUGGAACUGUGAUCACAAUAAAUAGAUAUCUUGAUUGUGAUCUUGGUUAGUUUGUGGGGGAGGUUUCUUCUCCUAGAAGUCUUCCGUGGUUUAUGGAUGGGCUUAUUUAACAAAUAGAAAUGUUAGUCUCCCCUGUGCUUUCCCAACACAUGAGCCUAAAUCUAACAAGGCUGGUAGCUGAAACCAAAGUAUACAGGUUCAGUACUGUCGCAGCGAGGCUCAAAUAAACACGAUGUACAGCACACUUUAGAAAAGAGUGCUUAAGGGGAUUUCGUUUGGUCGUUUGUCAUUCUCCUUCACUUUUAAGAUUACUGUAGAAUCCCUGUUGUUCCUUUCCUCAGUGCUGUUAUGUUAAGUCUUCCUAGGUCGGGAGCAGUGCUUACCAAUCCAGAGUCAAUUCCUUUUUUUUUUUUUUUUUUGUUCUUUUUUUUUGCCAAUUUGUUGUACAAACUAAGCAAAGGGUGCACAUGUAAGCUUGUUUGGACAGGGCCCUCUUCCCUUACUGUCCCCCGUAUCUCACAUGCCUUAUUAGAAUUUGUUUGUCUGGCUUUAGCUCUUGUACAUCACUGCGGAAUACGUUGGCGCUAUCUAAAUUGUAUUUGUAGGCGUGCUCAAAUAUGACUGAUGUCAUUGCAGGGUAAAGCAGAAUUCUUUUUCAAUUUGGUAAAUCCUGCACCUGACCUAUGUUAACUUAUAGGAAAACUAUAGUGCGUACGCACACCUGUGGCACAUAAUGUGUUAACGAACCCUUUAUUCACUUACCCAAUUCAAGCGUCAAUGUCCCUUUAUGUUUCCUAUGGAGUUUUCUCUCACGGUAAAUAUCCUCAUGCAAAGCGUUGGGGUAUCCAGCAUCGUUUUACAAGAGUCAAACUCUGUGAAACUCCAGGAAGCGCCUCUAGUGACUCUCUGCUAGACAGCCACUAGAGGCAGUCUUAGUCCUGCAUUGUAAACGUUGGAGUUUCUCAAAAACUGCACCCAGACUACUUCAAUGAGAUGAAGUGGACUGGGUGCCCAUAGUGUCCUUAUAAAGGAACCCUUAAAACACUAUAACCUCUAGAGCCAGCUAUUGUGGUUAUAGUGCCUGCAGUGCCCCAUUCCAUCGCAGUUUGACAUUUUACCCGCUGGGCGCCCUUGCUGCAUCUAUUUUUGGAUUGGUUUAUUGAGCAAAGGACGGCUGAUGCAGGACAGUUCUCAUUGGCUGAGAAUGCACAGCUAACACUUAGUGACCGUGAUCCUGUAUGGUCGUGCUUUGUUCAGUAGAGCAGGUUGGCUUGACUGUUUGACAUCUUACCGCGGGAUGGUGCCAGGGCACAUCUAGCACUGUAAACACUACAGUAGACUGCAGUGGUUUUGGUGCAUGGAGUAUGCCUUUUAAAAGGACCAUGAAAUCACUGCAGGAAUUGAAAGAUGUGAUUUUUUUUUUUUUUUAUAGAUGCUUUUAAAACUGAAACUCAACUAAAAAAAAAAUAAAUAUAUUUUAAAUGGGAAAACACUGCGUUUAGGUCUAUCUCCCAGAAAUAAACGCUUUACAAGAAGGGUGUCCAAACAGCUGGACUACAUUGCCAUCAUUCUCUCCAGCUGGAAAGCUAUUCCUAAGACUUCUUACCAUGUAAGGGGGACUGCUGCUUUCAAAGCCUGUAUGCGUUUUUGGCAGGUUUAUUGUGGAACUGACACUUCACUACGCAAAUGCUGGUUUCUAUGUGAUCAUAUGCAAGCCCAUCUUGGUAGUCAACAAGGUUAGUCACACUUAAUGACAGUGAAUGUCUUUUCAUAGAUUAAAACCAGUUGUCUUAAAAAAAUUAAAAUGCAUUUUUAAAAAAUUGUCAUGAAACUUAAAAAAAAAAAAAAAAUUAAAAUAAAACAUUUUGGCAAAAAGAUGUCACUUACCCAGUAAGUUCGAGCUGACCAAAGGGAGGGAUCUAUAUAAGGUUUAUUCACUAAAAUGGGAAUUAUGGCGAAUUUAGAACUUUAAGCUACUUUUAAUGCUGGGUCUAGAAAUAUUGUUUUCCAGUUUGGCCCUUGUUCAUUCUCCACAAUUCCGGAUUUACUGAAAAAUUGGGAAAAAAAUAAUCUAUGCUGCUUAGACAAUGACUCCAACCUCCUUACAUUUAAUAGUCUCUACACAGCAUUUAUGUUUACUGCUACAAUAGGCAAAAUAUGUCAAAGCCUUCAAAUGCUGUUGAGAAUAUAAGAAACUGCGGGCUGGUGUGGCCCCAGUAGGUUAGUGCACCAUUGUCCACUAUUUUUGUUAUAUAUAUAUUUUUUUUUUUUUUUUUUUUUCUCUCUCAAAUCUGAAGCACUUAAAAUUGUCAAUUAUUCUAGUUUCUGUCUGUUUGGAAUUGUUUUGCCAGUAGUAAACUUAUGUUUUCAUAUGCGGCUGCAAGUCCUGUUUGGAAUCCGCUGAUUAACGGGAUUUUGUUUUGUGUGGUUGAAUUUUUGUAAAAAUAUAUAAUUUUUUUUUUUUAUUCCCCUGCACAAAACAAAAACUGAAGGAAAAAAAAAUACAAUGUUGCAAAAUGCAGAUUUUUUUUUUUUUUUUUUAAAUACUCAAAUUAUUAUAUAAAUUACACCUGCUGCUCCCCAUUCCCCCCCAUCAUACACAGUAACAAGUUUAUUUACUAAAGUGAAACUCCAGAGUGAAUUUAAGGCCAGAGUAGCCAAACUAAAACUAGCUUAGAGAAUUUUUAUAGUUUGACUAUUUUGAUCUUAAAUGUGAAAUUCUCUUAGAAUUUUCACUUCAUUGAAUAACCGUGUGUGUGUGUGUGUUGCUAAAUAUGUUUGUGAGCCCCCUGCAUACACCUGUAUUGUGAGGGGAGACCGUAUCCCCUCAUUACCCCUCCACAAACACGGUUUAGAGAUGUGUAAAGUGGCCUGACGUCUGAUCAAUUGCUCAGUCUUUCUUGUUUCAUCAUUUCCUUGCUGGUUAAUUCAAAUGUGAUACAUUCUGAGGGCCAUUACUUGGACAUGACAUUUUUCUCAAUCUGAAUUUGAUUCUCGUAGUCCUUUUAUUCAAUUUGUUUUUCCUAAAAUGUCAUUGAGGUGACCGAAAAAAAACAAAAAAAAAAAACAGAAAAUUUCUUUAAAAAGUAUAUAU